AUGGGAGUGCAGGGCCUGUGGGAGCUGCUGGCGCCGGUGGGCCGACGCGUGUCCGUGGAGGCCCUCGCCAACAAGACGGUAGCUGUCGAUGCGAGCAUAUGGCUGGUGCAGUUUCUCAAGGCGAUGCGCGACGAUCGCGGCGAGCUGCUGCCAGGCGCGCACCUGCUGGGCUUCCUGCGGCGCGUGUGCAAGCUUCUCUUCCUGCGCAUCCGCCCGCUCAUCGUCUUCGACGGCGCCACUCCCGCGCUCAAGCGCCGCACCGUCCUUGCGCGCCGCCGCCAGCGGGAGAACGCGCAGAUCAACCUGCGCAGGACGGCGGAGAAGCUGCUGCUCAACCAGCUGCGGCUGCGUAAGCUGGAAGAGGCAGCACAGGAGAUGCAACAGAGGGGCAGGGGGCGGGCGGUGGGCAGGGGGACAGGAGGGGCGCGGGGAGGGGGCAAAGGAAAGGAGAAAGUGGAAGAGGUGGUGGGCGAUAAGAGGCAGGAGGAUGAGGGGCGAGGGAGGCGCUGUUCAGAAAACAAGGCAGCGCAGGAGCAGGGAGGCUGCAAUGAGGAGGCGAGGAGGGAUCAAGAGCACGCUGAUGCUCUCCUGGCAGCAUCGCUGGCAGCUGAGUGGGCAGGGCAAUCCGCGGGCACCUCUGGUGCUGCCCCGAACGUGGCAGGCACCUCCCGUGAUGCCGGUGCUGCUGCUGCUGCUGCUGCUGCUGCUGCUGUGGCUUCGGUAGCUGCAGCUACUGCUGGUGGUGCGGGCGGUGGUGAGGCGGCCAGGGGGCCAGUGGAAAUGGAGGGAGGUGAUGAUGGCAGCGACGAGGACAGUGAUGAGGACGACUUGACCGAACAAGCUAUGGCGCUCCUGCCGGAGGUGGCAUCUGGGGGAGGCGCACCCCUGGAUCCGGCAGUGCUGGCCUCGCUGCCACCCUCCCUGCAGCUACAACUGAUGGUGCAGAUGCGCGAGCAGCUGGUGGCGGAGAAUCGCCACAAGUUCGAGCAGGCUGCCAAGGUGAGAGGGAGGGGGGACAGCAGGGGUGUGAACAUCACAAGUGCCUGCCUCUCCCCUUCCCCCUACCCUCCCGUCCCGCACCGCUCUCGCCUCCACCAGGCGCCAGCGGCGUUCUCAUCGCUGCAGGUGGGCGCCUAUCUGCGCACGGCUGCCAUGCGCCGCCAAAUCGACUCCGUGCGCUCCGCUGCCGCCUCUGCCUUCGCUGCCUCUGCCCCCGCCGCUGCCUCUGUUGCCGUUGCUGCUCCCUCCACCGUUCUCAAUUCCACCCCUGGUUCUUCCUCUGCUGCUGCUGCAGUGGGAGCAGUGGGGGCAUCAGGAGGGGAAGUGACUGGCGGGGGUGUGGCCGGGCGAGCAGGAGGAGCAGCAGAGGCGGAGGAAGGAGUGGGGGUGGGUCGAGGGGGUGGAGGGGGCGUGGGCGGGGGGCGGAUAGCAUCGGAGGCGGGCAGGGAGUUUGUGUUCACCUCCUCUGUGGGGCAGGGCACGGGCGACACUCCCCUAGGACGGCGCCUGCCCCCAUUGUCAGCAGCACCCGCACAGGGCAGGGGGGGGAAGGGGCUGCGCGGGAGGGGCAGGGGGAAGGGCGCCUGGGGGCACCGAUGGACGGGGGAAGAUGCUUGGGGGGAGAGGAGGGGAGGAGGGGGAAGUGGCAAGGCGAAGCAAGUGGAAGGGGAUAAGGACAAGGAGGGGGCAGAGGACGAGUGUGAGAGGGAUGGUUUGCGGGAUUUCUCCUGGGGGGGAGGGAGGGGGCAGGGGGGCGCGGAGGGGCUGCUGCAGCUGCCUGGCAUUCUGCAGCAGGCGGUGAGCUGGGGGAGGGGGAGGCGGAGGGGGGAGCCGGGGGGACAGUCGGGGGAGGGCGCUAGAGAGGCAAAGGACGGUGGGACUGGCGGGGCCGGGGAUGGGGCGUGUGGAGUGAGUGGAGGCGUUGAGACGAGGGUGGAGGGGGCGGAAGAAGAGGGGGAGGCAGUGAAGGAGGCGUAUCUGGCGCUGGUGGCAGAGGAAGGCACGGCGCAGUCGACACAGACAAGUGGCAGUGCUGCCAACACAGACGCUGCUCCCGGUUCUGCUGCUCGUGAUGCCCCUCCUCUUGGCGGCAGUGGCUCCAAUGCUGCUGCUGGCAGCGCUGCAGCAGACAAUGCUGCUGAUGGCGAUGACAAAGAGGCAGCCGAGGGGGAGACGGCAGGAGGGGCAGCGGAGGGUGGAAGUGUGCCGACAUACAGGGAUGAACAGGGCAGGGUGCGAGUGAGUCGCGUGCGGGGCAUGGGCGUGCGUAUGACUCGUGACCUGCAGUGGAACCUGGUGCUCAUGCGCGAGCGGGAGAAGGAGAGGGCGACGGGCACGGGGAAUGGGGGCGAGGAGGAGAAGGGAAGGGAUAUAGGUGGGGAGAUGAUGAAGGGUAGUGAGGGUGUGCGGGGGAAGGGUGAAGAGCGGGAAGGAGGUGACGAGGAGGAGGUUCAGUGGGAGGAUGGGACGGGGCCUGCUGCCGCCGCCGCUGCUGAUGCUGCUGCUGCUGAUGAUGAUGAUGGUGCUGCUGUCAGGGAAGGUGGGGCAGCAGGAGGUGUACGUGGGAGGGGGUCUAAAAGAGCAGAUGGUGGGUACGAGAAGGAGAAGGGAAGGGGUUUGGAGGGAGGUGAGGGAGGGGAAGGGGAAGAGCAGGAAGAGGGAGAAGGAGGUGAGUUCGAGGAUGAGCUGUUUGCAAUGCUAGUGGCUGCUGGGAAGGUCACAGAAGCAGCACCAACGCAGAAGCACACACCAAGCACCGCCACACCACGCACGGCCGGUGGGGUCGCUGCUCCUUCCACUGCACUUGCCCCGACCCCGCCACCUGCUGCCACCUCGGCACCUGCGCAUGUCACGGGGACGGAUGCAGAAGAUUGGCGGAAGGAGGAGGAAGAGGAAGAGGAGGAGGAGGAUGUGGAGUGGGAGGACGGAGGAGGGGAAGAGGAGGAGGUACAGUCAGAUCAAGGAAAUGUGGAGGGAGGAGAGGCAAGGGUUGCUGCAGAGAAGAAUGUGCAGGGAAAGGGUUCUCCAGGUGAUGCUGACGUGGACAUGGAGGCUGACGUGGAAUGGGAGGAAGCGCCAGUCAUAGUGCAGCACAUGAAACCAAGCAAGGCGCCUCCAUCCCCCCAACCUGGCCCGCCCUAUGCCCCUACCCCCACCCCUGUCCCCACCCCCGCAACCAUCCCUGCCCCCACCCCCACCUCCGCCGCUGCAUCUGCGGCGCCAAGUGCCUCUACCCGUGCAGGGAGGGAGGGCGCGGGCUCUCUUGCUGGCGAGCAGAGGCGUGGGAGGGCGUGGGAGGAGCAGCAGGUGGCAGAGGCCGUGAGGAGGAGCCUGCAGGACGUGGGGGGGAGGAAGCGAGCUGCGCAGCAGAGUGCGGGUGCAGUGGAUUUUGAGAAGGAUGUGGGGGGGAGUGGAGGGGAGCGAGAAGCGGAGGGAGCGGGGGCAGUGGAGGGAGAGGAGGGGGGAGUGGAAGAGGUGGAGGAGGAGAGAGCAGCAUUGGAGGAGGAAGCGAGGAGGCUACGAGAGGAGAUGGAGGAGGGCCAGCGACGAGUGCAGGAGCUGCUGCAGCAGUGCGGGGUGCCAUACAUAAUAGCGCCAAUGGAGGCGGAGGCGCAGUGUGCAUGGCUGGCGCAGCACGGUGUGGUGGACGCGGUCGUGUCAGAUGACUGCGAUGCGCUGCUCUUCGGCGCUCCCACCCUGUGGCGCCACCUCUUCUCUGAUCGGCACUAUGUGGAGGUGUAUCGCGCUGAGGACGUGCAGCGAGAGCUGGGGCUCAGCAAGAGGCAUCUUGUGCGCAUGGCCAUGCUAUUGGGUUGUGACUACACGCCCGGGAUCAGUGGCAUCGGAGUGGUGAACGCCAUUGAGGUGAUCCAUGCCUUCCCGGGUGCACGCGGGCUGCAGCGCUUCCGCCACUGGCUUGACUCCCCCCAUGCCGCCGCCCUCGCCCACCUGCUACCUGGGGGAGCAGAGGGCGGUGCAGCGGGUGGUGCUGUGGCCGCGGCAGAUGGGUGGGAGGAGGAUGACGAUGGGUGGUGGGAGGAUGAGGCGUCGGAUGAGGAGGAGGAGGAGGGGGAGGAGGGUGGGGAAGGCGGGGGUGCGGAGGCAGUGGGUGGUGCCGGGCAACUUCCCCAGUGCAGCGGUGGCAGCGGCGUUCAACCGCCCCCAUGUGGACCGCAGCACCGCCCCGCCCUCCUGGCACCCGCCCGACCUCCCCGCCCUGCGCCAGUGCGCCUCCCCUCCCUCUCCGCCUCCCACCCUCCCCACUCCUCCACUCUCCCUCCACUUUCCCUUGCCCACCCUCCUGUUUUGCGAUCUCUCUCUGCCCCGGCCCUCCAUUGUUCCUUCUGUGCCUCCUCCUUUCACAGCUUGCUGUGUGUGGCGAAGCUGGGCAUGGCGCCAGAGAAGGCGGAUGCGCUGCUGCUGCCAGUCGUCAAGGCCGCCUCCUCCCGCCAGACCCAGCAGCGGCUGGAGGCGUUCUACUCGUUCAAGCAGCGCUUUGCUAAGAUCAGGUCGCGCCGCGUGCAGCGGGCCGUCACCGGCAUCGCUGGCAGCGCUGCCUGGCACCUCAUGCUGCCGCCCUCGGGGGUCACUGCGCCUGAGGAGGAAGACGCAGAGGAGGAGGAUAUCCUUGACGCUCAUGCCCCUACUGCUAAUGCUGCUGGUGCUGCUGGUGGUGCGGGCAAUGGGAAUGUUUCUGGUGGCAGGGAGCAGGAUGGUGUGGUAGCAGGUGGUGGUGGUGGUGGUGGGGCGACUGGUGUGAGGCGUGGGAAGGCCAAGGGUGCUGCUGUUGCUGUGGGCGGGGAGAAGAAGGGUCGAGCAGGGAAAGGGCGAGGGAGAGGGCGGGGUGUUGCGAGAGAGAGAGGCAGGGGAGGGGGAAGAAGGGGAGGGCGUGUGGGACGGAGGAAAAAGGGAGAUGCGGUGGAGGAGGCGGAGGGCGAGUGGGCAUCCUCAGGCGAGUCUGGGGAGGAGGAGAGGCAUGGCAGGGGCACGGAGGGGGGGGCAGCAGAACAGAGCAGAGAUGCUGGCAGCACGCGAGGGGCUGAGGGUGGUAUGGAGGGGGGUGCGGCUGAGCGUGGGGGAACAGGCGUGCCAAUGAGGGUGCAGCCAAGACGUGAGGCCAAACGGCCGCGCCUGCAGCUGGGAAAAUCCGAUGCUGGCGUGGUUGCUGAUGGGGUUGAUGGGGUUUCCCUGAGUGACUCGCACUCGAGCAGCAGUGGGAGCGAUGCUGACCUUGCUGAUGCGCAUGGCGAUAGCGAUAGGCGAAGUAGCCAACAGCAAGCAGGCGGGCAGGGAGGGGUGGAAGGUGUCGGUGGGGGAGAGGGAGGAGGGAAGGGGGACGCAGCAGGGCAGGCAUGUGGGAGAGGUGAGAGUGAGGGGACGUGGGUGGUGCAGCGACACUCGCAUGGGGCAGAGGAGCAACAGCAUGACUGCCCUCGCCAUGCCUCGGGUGAAGCCUAUACGGCAGCAGCAAGCACAGGGCAGAGGGGAGCACCGUACAGCUCCCUGCAUGCGCUCAUGUAUGGAGGGGGGUUCUGUGUGGGGGAGGAGCAGCACGGGGAGGGGCAGGUGGCAGAGGCAGGGGGGAGGGAAAGGGGAGAGGAAGAGCAACAGCUGUGGAUGGAGCAGACGGGAGGAGUGGAAAGGGAAGAGAUAAGGGGUGUUGUGGCAAGUAAUGAGGUCUCUGGUGCUUUGGGUGGGUGCAGAGAGAUGGGGGAGGAGAUGAUGGGCGGGAGGGAAGGGGUGGAUGCGGAGAGAGGGAGCAAGGGGGGUGGUGGUGCGAUGGUUGAUGUACCCACAUCACACAGUGACCAGUCUCUCACCCUUGCCUCAUUGGAGCCAUCUUCUUCUACUCCUGCUGCACCUCCUGCACCGGACCCCCACCGUGCUGCCAUGGGACCUCUGCUGCCCGCCCCCUUGCGCCGCAAGAAGCCCCGGCGCAGUACAGCGACCACCAGCCACGUGUCGUCUCGUCACCGCGCCACCUCUCCAUGUCGCACGCCAUGGCCCAACCGCUCGCUCUUUGCCGCCCAUCCCCCUUUAUUGGGGCGCCCGCGUCGCAAUCUCUGUCACUAUCGGCGGGUUGUGCGCGCGUGCCACGCGGUGCGGGCCCGUGCGUGCAUGCGGGCGGGCGUGCUCGCGUGUCUUCCUUCCGGCUGCAACCCGUACCCGCUCGUUGCCCCUCGUGUGUUGCGCAUACUGCAUUCCUGCGCUGCCUGCCCAACCAACCAUUCCCCGCUGCCCUCCCGCGCGCCAGCCUCCGCGGGUGCGGGCGCGGAAGACACGGGCGCGGAGGCGGCGGAGAUUGAGGCGGCGGUGGCGGUGCUGGCGGAGGCGGCGCGUAGCAAGCAGGUGAAGGGCGAGGAGGUGUUUGCGGCGCUGCGGCGGCUGGAGACGCGCAAGGUGGGCGCGGAGGAGAGCAAGGCGUGGCUGGCGGCGCUGGGAGGGGCGGCAUCGCCUGGACACAUGUGGCAGCUCGUGUUCACUGCUGGUAGCGGCGAGGUGCGCAAGGCGGCCAAGGGCGGGGAGGGCACGGGUUCGUACUUCCCCAUCGCCGCCAUCCAACGCUUCGAUGCCACCGCGAUGGAAAUAGAGAACGGGGUGUUCCUGGGUCCGGUGGGCUACCUCACCUUUCAGGGCCCCAUGGGCUUCACUGGCCGCCGCCUCGCCUUCACCUUCCACACACUCACCCUCAAGCUCGGCCCGCUGCCGCCCUUCCAGUGGGGGAUAGGAAAGGAGGAGGACAAGGGGAGGGUGCCGGGGGAGGGCAAGGCGGGCAGCAAGGACCCUUUCUUCACCUGGUUCUAUGUGGACGAUCGUAUCGCUGCUGCCAGGGGCAGAGGAGGUGGUUCUGCCUUCUGGGUGCGCUACACUGGGCCCUACAAGCAAUGA